ACACUGAACCAUCGUAAUUCACCUCCAGUCUUGGCAAAUGCGUCGUUGAGAACGUCAGUUUAUAUUCAAGGAAAAGAAUCGGAAGACGAAGAAUCAGGUUUAUAUCUAAAUGUCGGCUUUCUCUAAUAUCUUGUGUACAAAGUCACCGCUGACUUUGCAAACUCAUACUUAAAGCGACGAAAUUAAACAGUUCUUAUAUAAAAAGAAGAAGAAAAAAAGUGGAAUUUUUAUUGUGAUUAUUAAAUUAUAAAUAUUCACUUAUAAAUCGCAAUCUUGCGAGAUCUCGCAAUCAACUCGACUCGAUUACAGCGACUUGCUUGACCUGCAGUUUUACAUAUAAGAUUGAUAUUGCGUAAACUGUGCGUGACGACGUUAUUGCAAUUCUUAGAAGAAAACGGCCAUCGAAUAAUAUAAUCCUUGGAAAUAUAAAUUCUAUAUCGAUCUAGUCAGUGAGACUAAAUUAUAAAUUUAAUGCGGCUCAGUCAGCUGUUAGCGACAGUCGUUUCUGUUGUUUCACAAAACGAAGAAACAUAAACGUCAAAACGGUUCGAACGCUCUUUUUAUGAUACAUUCUGCUCUUUUUCGCGAGCUUCUAGACAACUCGUUUUUACAUCAAUAUCACUAGUGGGUGAAUCCAUGCGUCAGAAUUGUCAAAGUCGGGACACCAGUCCGAAUACGCAGCAUUUUUCUCGGAUUAGGUGUGCAAUUGUUAUUUAAAUUGUGGUGAAGAAAUGUAUCUACUCACGAAGUUUUAUAUCAUUCUUCUUGUGGGUAGUAGCGGCGGCGCUAUGUGGAAAACUAACCCUUUGAUGAAAUUAGUGUACACAUUUCUGCCUCAUUCGUCAAACGAAUCGUCGACUAGCCAGGAAAUAAACUGCGCCGAUUGCGAGCAGAAUAAAAUCAACGUUAACGAUCCCGAUCUGCUUUUGACCGAACUGAGAGUGGAAUACGUGAAGCAUCAGAUUCUGAAGAAACUGCGGCUGUCAAAACCGCCCGAGGUCUCGAUGCCGUUGUCGACUUUACCGAAGCCCUUGAUAAAUGGCAAUGUGCUUGAACUUCAACCCGGAACACCGCUUGAAGAAAAACCGGCGGAAAAUUUUUACGGAAAGACUGACCAGAUCGUUGUGUUUCCGAAUCAAGGUGCGGCCGAUUCGACGAUGUGCCGGCAGAACUCGAAUCAUAUAACGGGGUUCAGUCCGGCAGCUUGUUUCACGUUUUACCUGCCAAAAGAAAUGUUGUAUGUCGACGUGACCUUGGCAGAGCUCUGGUUUUACAAGGAACAAGUCGAGAAUGACGACGAGCUCAAUCAGACCUUUGUGCUAUCUGAGCUCGAUCAUUGGGACCAGGGUGGUAGUUUCGAAAAGAACAUAAUUAUGGCAAUCUUCGAGACCGAUGUCAAAGAAGGUUGGAUAAAGACAGAUAUAAAAUUUAUGGUGAAAAAGUGGGUGGACCGACAUAAACUAAACCACGUUGUCCAGAUAGGUUGCAACACGUGCUCAAUCGAUCAUGAUACCGCGCCGGUGUCAUUUGUACAGAGCAAGAAACCGUUUUUGGUCAUCUAUACGGCACCGUUGCCCCAGAGAAACAGGCCUAAGAGGUUUUCGAAUUGUCAUCCCGAGAUGAAGGAGUGUUGCCGGGACGAACUCUACAUUGACUUCAGAGACAUCGGCUGGAACGAUUGGAUUCUAUUUCCAACUGGAUAUCACGCCUAUUUCUGUCGAGGAUCUUGCAUCACGGCGGCUUCUUUAACUGUUAGCGGUUCGCAAUACAACAACAUUAUUCUGAAGUUAUUGACAAAGGACGGAGCUCUCAAGAACAAGAUAACGCCGUGCUGCUCGCCGACGCAGCUUGCUCCGUUGCAAAUGCUUUACAUCGACAACAACAACACGAUCACGCGGAAAACGCUACCAAAUAUGGUGGUUGAGGCUUGUGGUUGCAUGUGACGCGGCUGAUGCCGCAAGACAGAAAGGGUAGCUGUACUGUCAUCAUCGAGCGGACACGUUUUCGCGACCAACUACACUACCCUUCCCCCUCGUCCGAGCUUCGCUUGUCGUGAAUAUUAGUUUAUCGAGAUUUGCGAGAAAUCUCGUUCUGUUCGCUUGAACAAAUCAAUCGUGCAAAGUAAAUGAUAAUUGCAAAGUUAUACGAGGUAACUCUAGUAAAAAUAAGAGAUACAAUGUUAUUUACGGUAUGGCCCCACCUCGCAAUGUAAUAACGUGCCAAUAAAAAGAUGUAAUAACGUGAAAUAUCACAUCUUUCGAGAAAAAACACUUCUUUGUUAAACAAUUCGAAUCGCACGAGUUACUACGUAACUCGUGACAUCAUGAAAAUCAAGUUUUAAAUUAAUUAGACUUUUGUUACUUUGUAAUUAGACUUUAUUUAAGACUUAAACUAAUUAGAUAAGCUAAAUUACAUAGAAAGAUCUCGUUACAUAUUUUAAUGUGCGUAAAAACAUUUCCAGUGUGCUUGUCAAUAGCAUACAAAGCCGAGAGAUAUUUUGGACAAUUCUGAUAACACAAACAUAUUAUCGUAUCCUGUUACGUCUGACUAUGUAAGACUGUUUCUACUGUUUUUUCUACUGCGUAUUUCUGUCGAGAGUGCUCUGUCAAAGAAACAACUACACAAUCUCUAAUUGAUUACUCAUCAAUAAUGCGAGAUAUGAACAAGUAUAUAAAAAUUUUCUCAACUCAACUUUGCAUAUAUCAAAAGUAAUUUUUCUUACUAUUGCAAAGUUAUAAAGAUUUUGUGAAAAGAGAGAGAAAAAUGUCAAUUUGGAAUCGAUGACAAUAAAACGAUUUAGCCAUACAGUAUUUUCAUACCGGAAACUGUACAAUUCAACAUCGUUAUAAUUGACCUUACCUUACUUAGUUUAAAUAAUAUGUGAAACAUACUAUUUAUAGAAUGUAUAUUUAUUGCUAUCAAGAACAUUUAUACUGGCAUAACAAAUGUUGUUUAUGUUACUAUAUGGAUAGCAAUAUGAUACUAACUUGCUGAGAUACUAAGUUUAUUUGUUGAAAAUAUUUUGUUAAAUGUGUGUGCAAACUAUUUUACUGUAAUAACAAAUUGAUUUUUAUAUUGUGCUUCGCUGAAUUAACAACGUACACUGUUAUAUUAUUUAUAUAAACAAAAUAAAGUUGCUAUAUUAACAAAACACUAUUGUUUUAUCAAGAAAACAUUUUACUAAUCUGAACGAAGCAAGUUUGUUGUUAUAUCAGCAAAGCACUUUUGUAUUAAUAAUACUUUUUGUACGAAAGAAAUAAUUUUGUUUUUCUCAUUUUUUUCUAUAUUAAUAAGAUUUGCUAAGAGAGAUAAACAAAUCGAAAUCGAAUUUUAAAAAAAGUAAAAUCUUGAUAUAAUA